UGGGCAGAAAAGAGGAGGUCUUCUAAGGAAACUAAACCGAGUAGCUAUCCCCACCCUUCUGAUCAGCGCUGUCAACCUACCUCAUCCAUUAACCUCCUUUUAUAGACUAAAUCUGCAUUACGUAGUUCUCCGUACCGGAUUAUUUAGGAUACUACACCGAUUCAAAAGGAUUCUUUUCCUACUCGAACUGAACUGCGGAAACUGAUCCUGUUGCUUCAAACCAGAAGUGCCAGCAGCCACAGGAAUCGGAGUGUGUUUGUGUGUGUGUGUGUGUGUGCAUGUGUGUUUCCAGUGCAGUUUAAUUGCAAGAGUUGAUGUCUGCAUAGAGCUUGUUUUCAAUCUCAGUUCAACAAUGUAUCAAGUAGUAAGGAAGCUGUUUUUUACGGACUGCCAGUGCGAUGACAAUACGUCGAAAACGUACGAUGAUCUGUUCGCCAAGCUGGACACCAACAAGGAUGGAAAAGUGGAUGUGUCCGAGCUGAGGGCAGGCCUGGCCGCUAUGGGCAUCAACACUGGCAAAGAAGCAGCUCAGAAAAUAAUGUCCUCCGGAGACGAAGACAAGGAUGACGGGCUCGACUUCAUCGAGUUCUCCAAUUAUUUAAAGGAACAUGAGAAGAAGUUGCUACUUACCUUUAAGAGCUUGGAUAAAAACGAUGAUGGUCAAAUAGACUCGACGGAGAUACAGCAGUCACUUGCAGAUCUGGGAAUGGACAUCAGCAAAGAGGAGGCGCAGAAGAUCCUUCAUAGUAUCGAUGAGGACGGCACCAUGACUUUGGACUGGAAUGAAUGGAGGGAGCAUUUCCUGUUUAACCCAGUGACCAACCUGCAGGAGAUUAUCCGCUACUGGAAGCACUCUACGGUGCUGGAUAUUGGGGACAGCCUCUCCAUCCCAGAUGAGUUCACAGAAGAGGAGAAGACCACUGGUUUGUGGUGGAAACAGCUAUCAGCGGGGGCCAUGGCCGGCGCCGUGUCGCGUACAGGAACCGCACCGCUGGACAGGAUGAAGGUGUUCAUGCAGGUGCAUUCAUCCAAGAGCAACAAAAUCAGCCUGGUUGGUGGUUUUAAGCAAAUGUUAAAAGAAGGAGGCUUGAUGUCUCUGUGGAGAGGAAACGGCAUCAACGUACUGAAGAUUGCUCCUGAGACUGCCAUUAAAUUUAUGGCCUAUGAGCAGUUUAAGAAGUUGCUGUCCAGUGAACCAGGGAAGGUCAAGACCCAUGAGAGGUUCCUGGCUGGAUCACUGGCUGGAGCCACAGCACAAACUAUCAUCUACCCCAUGGAGGUGAUGAAAACCCGUCUGACCCUGAGGAAGACCGGACAGUACUCAGGAAUGUUUGACUGUGCCAAAAAAAUCCUGAAGAAGGAGGGGUUGAAGGCGUUUUACAAGGGCUACGUUCCCAAUCUAAUAGGCAUCAUCCCUUACGCUGGCAUCGAUCUGGCAGUGUACGAGAGCUUGAAGAACCUCUGGUUGUCCCGCUACGCCAAAGACUCAGCCAAUCCCGGGGUUCUGGUGCUGCUGGGCUGUGGUACCCUGUCCAGCACGUGUGGCCAGCUGGCCAGCUACCCCCUGGCUCUGAUCCGCACCAGGAUGCAGGCACAAGCAUCUCUCGAGGGAUCAGAGCAGCUGCCCAUGAACCUUAUGGUGAAGAAGAUUCUGAAAAACGAAGGCUUCUUCGGACUUUACCGUGGCAUCCUGCCAAAUUUCAUGAAGGUCAUACCGGCUGUCAGCAUCAGCUACGUGGUGUAUGAGCACAUGAGGUCUGAAUUGGGUAUUCAAAAGUAGGCAGCAGAGUCAUUUGUGACCAUGUGUGUUCGCGAGAGUGUAAAGGAUGUGCGACAACUUUUUUUUAAUUUCAACACAUAUCCCUUUUAACAUAUUGGGGAAACGUUUAUGUAAAUAAUUUGUUUACCUGUAGGUCUCCCAAGUCUCAAGCUGCUGCAUGUGGAGCCAUUGUAGAAGUGACUGCAAAACUUUGGCUGAACUGUUAGCAUCAGCAAUUAUUAUGAUUCUGAAAGAUUUGACUAAUGACUAAUUCGACUUCUACAAUGUUUUCAAAUGUAUGUUGUUUGUCUACAGAUUUAAGUGCACUGUCGGUUUCACUUUCAGGUGAAUCAACCAAAGAGGUGCAUAUUAAGAAAGAAUGAAUACCAAAAACACUUGGAGAGGUACAUUUUCUUGUGUUGAUGUGGGUAGAAAUGGCAAUAUUUUUGUGCCAGUCAUUUUAAGUAUGGGUCCGGUUAUGUUGCAUUUUCUUCUAACAUUUUACCAGAAAACACCAGCAAGUUCCAAAAAGUGGAACACUUGCUGAAGUGGGAUAAAAAUAGACUGUAAAAUGAGGGGAUAACACUUUUUUUUGCUAUCUUUAUAGAUAAACUGUUGCAAGAAAAUUUACAUUCAUUUAAAGACUUUCGUCCAGCUUUAUAUUCAGUUUCCCAAAAGUAUUGUGUGAGUGCGGAACUGUUGCACUUAGAAAUCUGAGGAAACUUUUGAAGUGCAAUACUGUAUAGACCUUGGUGUUUCACAUUCUGGUGUGCUUGAGACAGGUAUGGACCUUCGGGAACGGAUAUGUGCAAGUUUGGUGAACAGGGGAGUAAUGUGCCUUAUGUGUUUUUCUCAGAUAUCUGUUGACUUCUGCACCCCUCGUCUUUUUUGCCUUUCUUUUCAACAUACGGUUCAUUAGAUGCUGGUGUUUACAUUAAUAAAAAACAUUGGAAUACAAAAGUGA